UUUUUUGGUUUAGAUUCAGGGUAAUUUAGUAAUUUUAUUGUUCUUGAUUUUCUUUGAGCUGUGAAAAACAUGACAAACUGAACCACUACUUUAAGAUAAUUGAAGACUUUGACUUUUGAACAUAGCUUGUGAUAAACGCUUGAUGCUUGCUUAGAUUAGAGCAAGAGAAAUUAUAGAAUAUAGUCAAAAGUAUUGUUUACAUUUGAAGUAAUGCACUUUUUUUCUUCUUCAUGUCAUUGGGAAAAAUGGAGCAAAGGGUUUUCCUCCAUCUUGUGACAUUGGAAGUGAUUUCUUUUGAAGCAAUUUGAUUGUCAAUAAAACAUAAUUUUUGGAUGCACCGAACCGCCAUGACUUGUUUCCCUUUCUCAUUCAGCAAGAAAUCGUCUUCUUCAUUGCCUUCUACAAGACCAAAUCUAGACAAUGAUGAAGAUGAUAUUUCAAGCAUUCAAAAUGUUAAGAUCUAUACCUACAAAGAACUAAGGAAUGCCACUGAUAACUUUAGUGAGGCCAAUAAAAUUGGAGAGGGUGGUUUUGGUUCCGUCUACAUGGGUCGACUUAAAGGUGGAAAACUUGCUGCUAUAAAAGUUCUUUCAGCUGAAUCAAAGCAAGGUGUGAAGGAGUUCUUGACAGAGAUCAAUGUGAUCUCCGAAAUCGAGCAUGAAAAUUUGGUCAAGUUAUAUGGUUGUUGUGUGGAAAAAAAUAGCAGGAUUUUAGUCUACAAUUACCUCGAGAAUAAUAGCCUUUCACGAACUCUUCUAGGUGGAAGUCAUGAUAGUAUCUACUUUGAUUGGCAAACACGAUGUAGAAUAGGUGUUGGGGUUGCACGCGGGCUUGCCUUUCUACACGAAGAAGUCAGGCCUCUUAUCAUUCAUAGGGAUAUAAAAGCAAGCAAUAUUCUUCUUGACAAAGACCUUACACCUAAGAUUUCCGAUUUCGGUCUUGCAAAGCUUAUGCCAGCAAAUGCGACUCAUGUCAGCACACGUGUAGCAGGAACACUAGGUUAUUUGGCGCCAGAGUAUGCGAUAGGAGGAAGACUUACACGAAAAGCAGACAUUUACAGUUUCGGUGUCCUCCUUAUCGAGAUAGUCAGUGGGAGAUGCAACACAAAUUCGCGACUUCCUAUAGAAGAACAGUUCAUUCUAGAGAGGACAUGGGAACUUUACGAGCGAAAGGAAUUAGUUGCGUUGGUAGAUACAGCACUAAACGGGGAAUUUGACGCCGAGCAGGCAGUUAAAUUUCUGAAGAUUGGCCUGCUUUGCACUCAGGAAUCUCCUAAGUGCCGGCCAUCCAUGUCUACUGUGGUCAAGAUGCUUACUGGAGAGAUGGAAGUUGAUGACAGUAAGAUGACAAAACCUGCCUUAAUUUCUGAUUUUAUGGACCUCAAAGUUAGACAUAAACAAGAAAGUAUAAUCGAUACGAGGACUUCAUCUUCAUAUAAUACAUCGUCUGCCUCAGAGCAUCACGACACUACCGUUAUAUCAGCCGCAACUUCAACCUUCACUACACAACAUGAUCACAGCAUGUAAACAUCGAUCGGCAGUGAUUUAUCCUUUGGUUUGAAAAAUUAUUUCAUUUUCUUAGGCUUGUAUCUCAUGUAAAUUUUGCAGGCUUUCAACACUUAUUUGAGUUAUUUUUUGUUUAUUUUCGGUGUAAGGCCUCGUGUUUAGGAAGUUGCUAAGAAAACAACUUUGCACACCCCCCAUGGUGCUAAAAAACCUCCGGAAGGGCAUUUCUGGAUGGGAUAAAAAUUGUAUUUUUUUGUACGGAAGUAUACAUCCAUACGUACAAAAACUGUGUUUUUUCCGGAGGUGUACAUACGUAGUGGUUUUGGGGGUGCGAAAAGUUCCUCCCAUUCGCGAAAUGUUCUGUUGUGUAAAUAUGGACAAGGUUUGUAUUCAUAGAUAAUUUUGAAGAUAUAUUUUUUGCU